AUGGCGACAACUACGGAGUACGCAGACAACAGCGAAGAGACUUGCUGGUCUCUAGCCCGGUCUUCCGGGACUAUACUAGCCGCUAGCCUUGUUUUGCUAGUCACUACCCUCCUGGAAGCUUCGGUAGCGGAAGGCAGUCCCUUGGAACAUCUCGGUAGACGUCCCAUGGGACGUGAUCUCGGAUCCUGGCUCCUCCACUACGUGACACAAAAUGUUGGGGUGCAGGGUUACGACCCGGUCCUCGGGGCGUUCUCACCACCUUUGCGUUUGCGCGUACACCUGGCCGCCGUUGCCUUUUUGUGGGCAAUGCUCCUCUACGUCUGGCCCGUCUUUGGAAUUCCUGACGUUUGCGGGCCCUGGCGUCUCACAAUCAGUGUCUGGCAAGCCGCACUGGUCACCAUAGCCACCUAUCGAUUUGGUCUCUACGUGAUCCACACCGUGAUGCCCGGGGUUUCCGACCCUGGUGGACCCCGUCCGCACAAAAUUCAACGCCAGCCCGUCUGGAAGGAUUGUCUACACCACUUACCGUCCGAAACCACGUGGACCUACCUGACGGCGCAAGAUUCGCAUCGGCGGAGCGCCGAACGCUUUGCAGGAACGGGAGCCGCCUUGACCGGUGAACCAUCUGGACGAGACGUGUGGAGCGAGCAACCUCUCUCGAAGUCGCAAGUAGGGGCGAAUACGAAGAAUCGAAUAGACGAAUCGGCAGUGCAAGGAAUGGCGUGGGGAGGACGCCAACCUGGAUUCAAUCCAGCUGUGAAUCCCAACAGCUGUGACGCACCGCACCGGGCCCAACUCAUUCGCGAAUACAUUGCUUCGGGCAAGUCACCCCCUUCC